AUGGCUUCCUACUCCUCUCUGAUAGACCAGUCGUACCACACGGUGCCCACAUUUACUCUUGAAUGCGGGGCCUUCCUUAAAGAGGUCCCAGUAGCCUACAAAACGUGGGGAAAGCUGAACGAGACGCGGGACAAUGUCAUGAUCAUCUGUCAUGCAUUCACAGGGAGCGCGGACGUAGAGGACUGGUGGGGUCCACUUAUGGGUCGUGGCAAGGCAUUCGAUCCGAACAGGUUCUUCAUAGUAUGCGCGAACACCCUUGGGUCGCCAUACGGUUCGGGCUCGCCUGUGACGAUAAAUCCUGAUACGGGGAAGCCUUAUGGGCCAGAGUUCCCGCCGACGACGAUUAGAGAUGAUGUCCGCCUCCAUAAACUCGUUCUCGACCACCUUGGAGUUCGAUAUGUUGCAGUGGUCAUUGGAGGUUCUAUGGGCGGAAUGGCCGUCCUUGAAUGGCCUCUCUGCUCGCCACCUGGCUAUGUGAAGCAUAUCAUACCCCUGGCCACGUCCGCUCGCCACUCUGCCUGGUGUAUCAGCUGGGGAGAAGCCCAACGACAAAGCAUUUAUAGCGAUCCAACCUACCAAGAUGGAUACUAUUCAUCACAACCCGCUUCUGGAUUGGCAGCGGCUAGGAUGAGUGCCUUGCUCACCUACCGAUCCAGAGAUUCUUUUGAGAGCCGAUUCGGACGAAAGCCGCAACUUAGCCAGCACACGAAGAACGGCACCUUGACGCCUCCAGCUUCUCCCAAACUCACCUCGCACCGCGAUGACCACGUCGUGCUGCACAACGAUGGUCUGCGAAACCCGACGUUGCGGACUCCACCUAAAUUCAGCCACUCUACCUCAACCUCUGACGCGUCAGGACCCUCCAACGCCCCGAUUUUCUCCGCCCAGUCCUACCUCCGAUACCAAGGCGACAAAUUCACCGCGCGCUUCGACGCUAACUGCUACAUCCACAUCACGCGCAAGCUCGACUCACACGACGUCGCGCGAGCACGAAUGGCCGACGAUGAAGCCGACACUUCUUCGGCGCUCGCCAAGGUGCUGGCGACGCUGCCCCCACGCGCGCUGAUAAUCAGCAUCGCGACCGACGGGCUAUUCACGACGUCUGAGCAGCGCGAGCUCGCGGAGCGCAUCCCCGAGGCGGAGCUCGUAGUGAUCAACUCGCCCGACGGACACGAUGGGUUCUUGCUCGAGUUUGAGCAGAUUAAUAGACACAUUCUACGGUUCUUGAAGAGAGAAUUCCCAGGCUAUUACGAUAAGGAGGUGGAGGUUGUCGAAGAUGGGUUCGAGGUCAAGAAGACGAGUGUGUUUGGCGAAGCUGAGGUGGACAUAGCCCAGUGGUAG